AUGGCGAAAAACACUGGAUGUGCUAUAUGUCGUGAUGGAUAUUACUAUCACAACAAAGACUGUAUCAAAUGCGACUCGUCGUGUUCAAAAUGCAAAAAUGCAAUUUCAUGUGAUGACUGUGCAGAUGACUACUAUUUGUAUACACCUUUAAAUCCUUUGUGUCAAAGUUAUGACACUUUAAUUGGGUGUGAACACAAGACAUCGCGUGGAUGUACCGUUUGUGAAGAAGGUUAUUUCUUGGAUGUUCCUUCACCUCUUUGUGUUAAAUGUCCUACAAAUUGUAAGCCUUGUUCUUCGAUAUCACAAUGCAUAGAAUGUCAAGAAAACAAUGUAUUAAAAAACGGAGAGUGUGUUUUAUAUACAGAUAUCGAAUUUUGCACGGCAUCUAAAGACUCACUUUGUGUUAAAUGUGAAAAUAACAAAAAACCAUCAAAUGACGGUCUUUCAUGUAUUCAAAACAAAUUAACAGAAUUUAAGCAGAUUGGUAUACCAAUUAUAGUUAUCAUUAUAGUUAUCGUGAUUGUUAUGAUAACAUUAUUUUGUGUUAUAAUUUAUGUAUUUAAUCGUCAUCAAGACAAUAAGAAAACACGAGACGUGUGUAUUUUCCGAAUGAAAAAAUCGAACAUUGAUUUUGUCAAAUUAUCAAAAAACAUUUUAACAAACAAAACUGAGUUAGUAUUUAGUAGAGAAAUUGAAAGUGGAGAGAUACCAGUCAAUGAAUAUACUAGAGAAUUGUUGUGUCUUGGAAACAACUCAAAUUGUAAUAUUAAAAUGCAACUGAAAAUGCAAGAAGAAAACGAUGUUUAUGAAAUACAAGCCGUUCCACCCCUAAUCACGUUGAAACCAAAUUAUGCAUGUGAAUUUGAAAUAUCUUUAAAGCCAAAUUUUACAUCCAAAAUUGAAGAUAAUAUCGCGUGUGUUACUUUGAACAUCAAUGAGGGGACACAAGAAGUAAUUGAAAUACCAAUCAAAGCAACAACUGUCAUGUCGUGUCGUCUUGAUUAUCACGAGUUAAUUGAAGAAAAUAAAAUAAAUGAAGGCUCGUUUGGAAUUGUAUAUAAAGGGACUUUCAGAGGCAAUGUUGUUUGUAUCAAAAAGAUGAAAGACAUGUUAAUCAACAAAGAAGCACAUGAGGACGAAUUUGAAAAAGAAAUCCAAAUGUUAGAAAAAUUUAGCAGUGAGUACAUAGUCCAUUUCUAUGGUGCCGUGUUUGUACCAAAUGAAGUCUGUAUGGUCACCGAAUUUGCACAGUAUGGGUCUUUAAAUGAUUUGAUGAAACACAAAAAGAGUGAAGAAAUUGAGAUGAAAUUAAGAGUUAAAUUGUUGAUUGACGCGUCUAAAGGAAUUUUAUAUUUGCACAACAAUGGGAUAUUACACAGAGACAUUAAGCCAGACAACAUACUCGUGUUUACACUUGAUACAAAUGAAAAAGUAAAUGCAAAAUUGACUGAUUUUGGAUCGUCAAGAAAUAUUAACUUAUUAAUGACUAACAUGACUUUCACUAAAGGUAUUGGUACACCAGUGUAUAUGGCGCCCGAAGUCUUAAAUCAAGAAAAAUAUAAAAAAUCAUCAGACAUAUAUUCAUUUGGAAUUACUAUGUAUGAAACAUUUGGCUGGUCUGAACCGUAUAAUAAAGUUGAUUUUAAAUUUUUAUGGAAUAUAGCCGAGUUUGUUAUUUCAGGGAAACGUCUAUUAAAAAAAGGAAUGUAUCACUCAAGACGAGUUCGACCUGAGCCAACGGCCAUUGAUCUCCAAUGUCUUACACCAACUAGAAAUUAUUAA